AAAAGAAGGAAGAUGAAGGAUGAGGAUGAAAUCCUAAGGAAACUGUAUCCAGGUGUAGACUUGGACAAGCCUAUAACAGGAAGGGAUUUUCUGAAAUGCCAUCGCAUCUUAAUGAAGGCUGUUCUACAGUUGAAGGGAACAUACUCUUCCCAACCAUUGUGUGAGAAUGAGGUUUCCGGCGGAACUUCCGAGGAAGCAGAUGAUAUUUUGCGACAGUGGCCUGUAAUGGACAAAGAUGCCUUCACUACUCUGGAGGCAGCCCUGUUCUCUAGACGGGAGGAAGAAGUGCAGUUGGAGGGAUCCGGAUCCUCCAAGAAAGGGAAAUAUAAAUCCAUGUUGAAGGCCAUCAUUGCAGAAGAAAAGUUUAUUCACAAAAACGUGGAGGGAAUGAUUCCCAAGUUGUUGAAGGCGAUGUUUUCAGUUCAAGUACAACCUCACUUCGUGUUCAGCAGUAAGAGUACUACCAAGAAUCCAGAUACUAUUCGCUUCGAAGUGACUGAAUCAUACAUGGUGGUCAAAGAUGCUGUUCUACUAAAACAUCCCAGCGCCGACAUUUUCACUAUAAGAGAGAAAAUAAAAACUUGGUGGGAUCAUAAAAGCGACAGAACUAAGGGGAUUGCAAAGAAUGAUUGAAUUUGAACAGAUUGUGUGCAUGUAGCAUUGAAUUCCUUGACAACUCAAUAUUUCCUACACGUGGUGCCUAUGACUAUUUGACAAUCCCUCAAAAAUUUUAUUGAGCUUAUCAAAAUGUUAUCACCUUAUCGAAAUUAAUAGAAUCGUUAAUAUAUUGUAGACUAAAUCGUUAAACAAUUUGGGAUGUAAAUAAUUAAUGAACAAUUAAUUAUUAAAUUAUUGAGUUUGCAAUCAGUGUACAAUUAAUUCAUACAAACCAGUUGAUCAUCCAUCGACCAUCAUCACGAUCAUCUUCAUGAUUAUCAUUAUGGUCAUCUGUCGACCAUCAUUUCGAAAAUCUUCAUGAUUAUCGUUAUGAUCAUCCGGAAGUUCAUCACAAGAUCGUCGUAUAGCCCAUCAUAUGAUAUGAAUAAUCGGACAUUUGGAUAAUCUGGAGUUCAUCAUCUUGAUCAUCUCACACGAUAGUCAUAUGAUGAACAUAUCGUUUGCUGGGUUAACACCGGAAGUGCCAUUAGUUCUGAUGUUAGUAAUAGAUUUUAUGAGAUUUAAAAAUUGGGAAACAGGCAUUUUUUAAUUGAGCAUGUUUUAAUUAACCAACAGAAAUAAAUCUUUCCAACCUGUAAAAGUCAACACUGGGCGCAACGGUAGAAAAGAACGGCCCACGGUGCGAAAUUCCGAACCAUUAAGCCUCUCUUCGUCAAAGUCUACAUUUAUGGCGUCACGACCUGGCCCACCCCAGAAGUCGACCGUUCGCACAACAUUUGCCGAGUUUACGACGACCGAAUUGUUCAAAACUCAUCAGGCUCGCGUCCACACGAACACUUUACAAUGCCCCCUCGUUCCCAAGCAGUGCAAAACUGGAGUUAUCAUGCAUCAUCACUUUGUCAAAAAUCACGGUGACAAUAAGAAGGGGGGACUGGAUGCGAGUAAGGUCACUGGACCUAAUGGCACAGCGGGGUCAUUUGGUGAACAACGCCGGCCAACAGUGCCGGUACCACCACCCAGAGCAUUACCACUGCAGGCACCUGGACCACGAAAUACUAAUUCGGAAAAGAUAAUUGUCUCCACAUCGAUCGAGGACGAAUUGGAGGAACUUCUUUCUUCUCAGGCUAAAGUUAGCGACGACAUGACAAAUAAUCAAAAAUUGGAGGAUAACGUUCCCACACAGAGCAACAGUAGCGACAGGACCACCACCUCCAGUCCGGUUGAGGUGAAGAUAUCAGUUCCUCAGCUCCUGUAUCACUGUUCCGCAUGCAUUGAAGGGUUCGCCUUUUCUCACGAACUGACCAAGCACGAGACCACGCACGGUCUCGGGUUUGCAUGUCUUGGAUGUGGGGGCUCCUUCAAAUUUAAGACCAAUUUGGACAAGCAUUUCGAAAGGGCACACCCCGAGCUUUCAAUGCGAACAUGUACAUGGGUCAACGUGUCAUGGGUCAUGUGACCAUUGUGUGGUUUGGAAGUCAUCCACACCCGAAGUCAAGGAGCACUUGCACCAAUCUCAUGCAUUUCAUGAUAUCCAAGACAUCGUGCGCGUGAAGCAAGAGUUACAAGAAGAAAGUUGUUGGCCUGUUAUGGAUCUGGAUUAAUUUUCUUAGCCAUGUAAAAUGUAAAAUGGUUCGUAUUUAAUUCUGGAUAAGAAAAAUUAGAUUUAAUUUACAUGGCAAAAUUGUGUAUGUAGGUAUUAAUCUUUUGGAAUAAGUAAUACUUCAUUUUAGGCCAAACUUUUUGCUUACAAUAAAAGUUAGAUAUUUAUUUUGCAUUCUACCUCCUUGGUUUUUUCGACACUUGGACGAAGUAGGAACUAUAACCGUCAUCGAAGAAUUACGUUAAAUCAAAUUUAGUCAAAUUUAGUCUAUUUUGUCUAAAAUUUGGUCUAUAGUCGGUUUGGUCUGGUUAAUUUGGCUUGAAGUAAUACCUGCAUUAUUUAUAGGGGGUAAGGAAUGGUUGCCAAUGGUCAAUUUGACCAUUGGCCCUAAAAUCCGGAUUCUACAGUUUACAGUGAGUCUCAUCCCAUUCCUUACUCCUUAAUAAGGAGUCCUUAUUAUACUCACUAGCACAUUUUACCAAUUAUUACCCUGUAUUAUUUAUAUACUACAUGUAUUACUUAUACAUACAUAAGUAUAUAGCAUGGUUGGCUUAUGUACAUAAAUGUACAUAUGUACUUGCUGAAUAUUUAUUUAUCUAGUCAAAAGUUCUGGAAUGUUUCUUGCACACGAUGAGAAAGUUUAUGAUUGUUUGUAUGUGUCAUAAAUACUCAUAAAUACAAACAUACAUGCAUCUCUUCAGGAAAGAAUACGUCAGUCAAACCAAUUGAUCAGCACACCCACUAUCUGACAUCUGGAUUACCGCAAAAGUUCACACGACACCAACUUUUGGGCCAGAGUCUAAAAUAAAACCAUGAACAUUUACAACGAACUUGCGACUCUAAUUCAAUCAAUCACAGUCGGUUGAGUUGGAAUUCGCUGAUAAGCAAUGGCCAACGGAUAUAUAAAAGUACUGCUGCAAACUUCAUGACCAAUUCCAUUCCUAUUUUGCAACGCCCGGUCACCAUUCUUGUCACUGUUGUCACUUAAACAUAAUAAUAUACUUUUCGCCAUGUGGCCUUACCCCGUAUUAAUAUUUGGCUUAAUUUGUUGCACAUCAGCUCAAGGUGAUAUUGGAACCGAAACCCUUGGCGCAAUUAACGGAUGGGGUGCCGCCACUACGGGCACCACCGGCGGCUCGUCCGCCCUCCCGGACGACAUUUACUACAACAUCACCACCCGUUACGAAUUUGUCUCCGCCUUAACCAGAUCCGGUUCCCGCCCAAAAAUUCUCUACAUCCUUGGCUCCAUCCCCUUCAAUGUGGAUGACGAUAACAACCCGCUCGGCCUUGCCCAAUAUUCCGACCCCAUCUACAAUUUCACCCUGUUCCUCGAAGCAUACCAUCCAGACACUUGGGGGCGUGACCGGGUGCCCACUGGGGAACAAGAAUCCGCCCGCCAACGCUCCCGGACCCGUCAAAAUGCCCGCGUCCUACUCAACAUUCCCCCCAACACGACCAUUGUCGGCGUUCCUAACACCAUCCCGGCCAAAUUCCUCCAGUCCAGCCUUAUCAUCGCGUCGGAUAACGUCAUAAUUCGCAACAUCGAGUUUGUCGAUGCGUUCGACUAUUUUCCCAAAUGGGAUCCGACCGAUGGUUCCCUCGGCAAUUGGAAUUCCAUCUACGACGCGAUUACGAUCAAGGGCGGCUCCCACGUUUGGAUCGAUCACUGCACAUUCUCCGAUGGGGACAAUAUUGACGCAAAUUUCCCCUCCUACUACGACCGCCCGUAUCAACACCACGACGGUCUGCUGGACAUUAACGACGCGGCGAAUUAUGUGACCAUAUCGUACAACUAUUUCCACACGCAUGAUAAAACAAUGAUUAUAGGCGGGAGUGAUGGGGCAACGGGGGACGAGGGAAAUUUGAAAGUUACCCUACAUCAUAACUAUUUUAAGAAUGUGAUGCAACGCGCCCCACGCGCCAGAUUUGGGGAAAUUCAUAUUUAUAACAAUUACUACGAGGGGAGCACGAGUUCUGGGGAGGAUUACAGGUACAGCUACUCCUGGGGGGUGGGGUACAGGUCGAAAAUUUUUGCGGAAAAUAACGUCAUCGAUGUGGCUGGGUUGGCGACAAGUCGGGUGGUCAGUGUGGCCAAUGGGGACGCCUUACUGGACAGGGGAACGGUGCUGAACGGGGCGCGAGUUGAGGUGGGGCAGGCUGCCGGGUUGAAUGGGGAUGUGGGAUGGACGCCGGUUUUGCAUGAAUUUAUUGAUACGGUGGAUAUUGUGAGGGAAACGGUUUUAGCGGGGGCUGGGGCGGGAAAGCUGUAAAUCCUUCCGAGGGUAUUCUUCAGUGAAUUAGAUAUGCGAAUAUUUACAUUGACCCCACAAAAAUAUUGGACUUUCCUACUAUUAAAUUGUCGUUGUCUCACAAUUAUGUUAAAUAGUCCCUACUCAUUGUCAGUCCUCUUUGCGUGAUGUGCAUAUGCAUUUGUAUGCAAUUUUCAUUCUUUAAACAUGAUAUGCAAGCUAAAUAUUGUAGAUAAAUACAUAUGUAAUUAAUUAA